GGGGCCCGCAAGAUAGAAAGAGACGCAAGAGGCGUGGCCGGGCUCUCGGCGAGUCGGCUCGAAGAAACCUACCCGGCAGGUUUUAAAGGGGCGAGCGCUUCGGAGUUACCCAGUGGACAUUUAACCGGCCGGUCGUGCGCCACGCGUUGCGUGAUCCUCGAACUUUAUUCCUCUACAUUUGCGAUAUUUUAUGCGGAAGUUUAUAGCCACGAAGGAAACCCGGUUUGCGGGAUGACGAGGAAACGGCGACGGAAGAAUGGGACGAGAUGAACAGAGGGAACGCGAGGGAGAUCCUUGUCUGGUCUACUACUGAUUCGUAGAUUCGAGGGAUUUUAUGAGAUCGAGUGGAACCAAUUGCCAGGGACGGUGCAUCCGAUCCGAAGAAGUGGGGCUUGAAAUUCGGGAGGCGGAACCUAGGAGCCUUGACAUGGCUCGAAGAGUGGAAGGACGAUAGCUGGAGAUUUGGUGAUACUUUGCGGUGCACCAUGAAGUUCAUCAGAGCGUCGGUGCGAGGUUGAGCUAGAACUUUGGGUGCUUACAGAAUUCAGAUAAUCGGCGUUCCAGAAUCCGUGGACUGCCCGGACAGGAAGUCCCUCUGCGGGAUAUUUAAAAAAAGUCUCAGAGUCCAGGAGGUCAUUCCUCCGGAGCUAUCCUAGGCACGAGAACUCGCCCACGAAGCGCCACUAGAUGAUGACACCGCUCCCGAAAUUCGACGAGAGGUGAAAGGCACUUCAAGGAAGGAACCACCAGCGGAGUCACCUCGACUUAGGUCUCGUAGAUCAUCGUUGGAUCCGAAGAUGACGUCCAUCAUGCCCGAGGAGGACAACAAGGCAAGCAGGGGCAAGAAGUGUAACGAUCCCGGAGGCGAUGAGUCGCUGUCCUUCCUCAACUUCUCCAGGGAGAACCUCAGCAUUUCUGACUCCGAGCUGGAGCAGGGCGCGAAGAAAAAGGGGCUCAGGAAUAGUCGUGGAGGCCGGAUGAGCCGCUUGAAUGGAAACACCCUGGCCAGUGUCGGAGCCCUGAUCUUGGCCUCGAUCUGCCUCGCUCUGGAGAUCUGGAAGCUGCGAACCGUUCUGGACAACACGAGAGAGCUGGAGGUCCUCAGGAGAGACGUCGAGGGUCUCAAACACAGGUUCAUCGAGGAGGACCUCCUCAACGAGCUCAAGGCCUUCGAGGAGCAGCUGUACACCGAGGAGGAGAACGGCGAGGAAGACCCAGGAGAAGCCGAUAUAGAGAGCACUGAUUACGACGCGAAUUACGAGGAUUAUUCCGGAGAUUACCACACAUCGAGUUACGGGACCAGGCCCUCGGAGUUCCCCGGGACCGCCUCGGUAGAGGCCGGAGGUUCAUCAGGGACUCCAGGGUCCGAAAAGGACCUAGAAGAAGUGCUGGUAGCUCUGCGCAAGGUCGAGGCGAAACGCGAACAGGAGUUCGAGAAGGGUCCUAGAGAGAGUCAGAAGAGUGCCGAAGGAGGAAGCCACCUAGAGGAGGGGGAGAAACACCAAAGAAGAUCUCAGGACGACCCGGAAGAUUCUGGAGCGAAGAAGAAGCGCUCGAUCCCUCGGGAAGCUCCCAUAGGUCGCACCAAAACGGGCCUUCCCAUCUACUCCUCGGCUUACUCGAUGGAUGGGAAUUACACCGGAAGGGUGUCAUCCUGGAAGACGAAUCACACUGGAAGAGACGCCUCUUCGAGGCUUCGACUUUACGAGAUACUCGCGCAGGAAGGGAUUCUUGGUCCCCGAAAAGACGUCGGUCGCAGGAUCGGCAGCGUUCACGAGAAACAUCCUCCGAAAAAGUACCUGGCUCUGAGCAGGCCAGCCACCACCUCGGUAUCCCGACGAGGUCACCACGUGGAUCACGGUGAUAAGAUGUCCACUCGAGGAGCUAGCGAGAGGUCUGGACCUAGGGAAAGGACUUCUCAGGAUUUGACUGCGGAAUUCCGUGUAGAAGGGGAACGUAAGGUCGUACAGAGCUCAGAGCUGCAACGGCGGGGAAUGUCGCGGCGCCAUUUGCGAGCCCCUCGGCAGGUUUACGCGGUUCAUUACGGUGCGGACAGUAGCCUCUUUUCAGACGAGGAUGAGCACACCGGGAACGGCAGGGCUAGACACAACGACGGCGUCUUCAAGGCCUGGCGGCCCAGCGAGUGGGUGGAGUCCCUCGGGAUGAACCGAUACUUCACCCUGAAUCAGGGGGGCAGGCUCUCCGUCCACGAGGCCGGGCUUUACCUGGUCUAUGCACAGAUUCACUACCUGGACGAGCACGACGAAAACGGCUUUCACGUCCUGGUGAACGGCAGGCCGAUUCUCCAGUGCAUGAUCUACAGCCCUGGCACAGGACACAAGAGCCGCUCCUGUUUCUCAGCUCAGGCUGCUCUUCUGCAAGCUGGUGAUCAUCUGGUCCUGAAGGACGUCGGUCCGGCUCGGUACACGCUCUUCCAGAAGGACAAGAGCUUUUUCGGCCUCGUUAAACUCGGAGAUUCUCGGCAGCAACAGAGACACCAACAGCAACCGCAAGAGCAACCGCAGGAGCAACCGCAGCAACCACAACAACCACAACAACCGCAGUAGUCAGUGGGUGGUGCAGAUAUGUUGCAUAUUCGAUAUGGCUUCUGAAAGAGUGUCCACAGUUCACUGGAGUUCGUUCAACGACUAUCUACGCGUCUCCUGGAUGUCUUAUUGUUGUAAUCUCUGUUUAGCUGUAUGGCGUACAAGCAUGUAUAUCAAAGUUAGUUCUAAUAGUCAUUAGCGUCGGGAUGAGUGUUUUCUACGUAGUUUCAAGCAAUGGCUCGAUGUGGCUUCGUUUAUAAUUCCAGAUAUUUUGGGAGCCGAAGAAUAUGCCGGGAGAUUUUUCAUUCUCGCUGUAUUUUAAGGCCGAGUCGAUGUUACAAUAACGCUAUUUAUGUCGUUACAAAUGGACGAGAUUCUUGUUUGAAUAAUUCUAUUCGCCGGCAGAUGACGAGUUAGACAAGUGCACUCCGUAGGAACUGAUGUAAAUAUCGUUUUUCAUUUUUCACUACCUACGCGGAUGACUUCUUGGAUGGUCACACGGUUAGAACAUUGUAAUUCCUUCUAACGGCCAAAAAUAUAAUACGUAUCGACUA